AUGCUUAUGGAGACCGCGGAUCCAACCGGGUAGGGCUCUUCUGUUAAUAACUUGACUCAACUGCCGUUACACUGAUUGUUCUUAAGAUGAUAACCGUUAUAAUUAUAAUUAUUAUUAUUGAUAUUACUAUGUAUGCUGUCCCGUUCACGUCAACUGACCUUUAACCCUCGACCAGUCAUACGCAGACGAAUCCGGUGGUUGCUUUUCUGGAAAAAAAAACUAAGGUCGAAACUUUGUCAUCAAUUAGUGCUAUGAGGAGGAGCAGUGCUAGUUCUCACAAAAUUUUGCAGUUGGAAGGGCUCAAUCCAAUACCAGUGACGUGAUCGAUCUAUGCUGGCCGCGCGACGGAAGCCCAUGCUUUCCGUUCUGCCUUGAAGCUUUUGGUCUACAACCCGCCUAGGCGGUCACGUGACGACUAGAAACCAACAGUAGGUGGAAUUUUGGAUGCGAAGACAGUGAUUAAGCAGAAUGUUAUUACCGACAAAGAUAAGGGAGCCAGAAAUGGCCACGGGCUCGUUGUCCUGUCGGUUUCGGUCGGGAAUAUACAAUGGUAGAGGGGGCGCUUACCGAUCCUUCUUGCGGAACUCACUCGUUCCAUUGUGCCUUACGUGCUCUCUCUCUCUCUCUCUCUCUCUCUCUCUCUCUCUCUCUCUCUCUCUCUCCCGACGGCUAAUAAGCCAAAAGUGACCAUUCCAGUCUCCCUUGUCUUUGUCGGUAAUGCCAUUCUGCCUAUAUCAUGCGCCGCUGUGCGGCUGUUGGUCGGGCUCGAGAGAGAGCCUGUAAGACACAACGGAACGAGUGAGUUCCGUAAGAACGAUCGGUGAGCGCCCCUCCACCACAGGGAUUAAGGUUUCAUUGACCGAUGGCAGCAAAUAAGCCAGAAACGGGCGCCCAAAUGGCCCUGUCUACGUUUGAUAAAAUCUUCUGGAUGUGGAACCGGCCGAAUAGUCCAUGGGGAACCUUUAAAAAACUAUACAUAUGACCCUCUACUUGAAUCUACUAGUUUAUCUUGCUAAAAUUUGCCCUAAAUACCAAUUUUCUGAGCUUGCUUGGCACUUUUUCUCCAAGUACUAAAUUUGGAGAAGGGUAUAGAGAUUUUUGCACUCAUACUUUCUACGGAAUAUAUACAGGCAUGGAAAAUUACUGAAAAUCCAGCUGACUAAACAGGUGUUCAUUUCAGUGGCUGAAAAGGCUCCUGUCCGGAGUGAUCUAGUCCAUCCUUACACGUACACGGCGCAGAUGGUCAACAGACGGGCUCUAGCAGAUGGGCCAUAAACACUUCAUCGAACCGAAUUUUAUCAGUGCCUCACCACCCGCCAUUCCCUGUCGCGGUAGAUUGGGCAGUUAUACUUGCCCUCGACUUCGGUCUGGCAGUUGAUCGCCUGUUCGUGACCUUUGCCACGCAUACGGAGCCUGUUUACUUCAGGAAGCCAAUAGAUCGACGCACCUACAUUCCUGAGCUUAGUCAAGUACUGCGCGUGUUCGCAGAUCAAACUAUCUCACCCUGCCACUAACACAGUUAGUAGUGGUAGGGGGCGCUCACCGAUCGUUCUUACGGAACUCACUCGUCCCGUUGUGCCUCAUGGGCUCUCUCUCUCUCGAGCCCAACUAGCAGCCGCACAGCAGCGCAUGAUAUAGGCAGUAUGGUAUUACAGACAAAGACAAGGGAGACUGGAAUGGCCAUUUCUGGCUUAUUAGCCGUCGUCAGCCAGUCAUACCCAACCCCGAAGUGUGGAACACCUGAGGCUCGAACUCGCGACCUGUUGGUUUAGAAGUCCACGCCUCUACCCAUCGGACCACGAGCCCGUUGCCCUGUCGGUUUUAAUCGGGAAUAUAGAAUGGUAGGGAGCGCUCACCGAUCGUUCAUACGGAACUCACUCGUUCUGUUGUGCCUUAUGGGCUCUCUCUCGAGCCCAACCAGCAGCCGCACAGCGGCGCAUGAUAUGGGCAGAGUGGCAUUACCGGCAGUUAGUAGUAAACUGUCCUCGCUAACUUGGAGUAAGUCACUCGGAGCGAAGAUUUAUAGGCCCGGCCCCAAAGAUGACAUGAAUACGCGAGCCACUAUCCGCCAGCUACGGCGGGAUAUCCGCGUAAUAUUCAUAAACUGUCAACAGACAGUCAGUAGUAUGCGUCUGUUGCAAGAUUUUACCAUAAUUAUGAGGCAGAUACUAGGUGAGAACCUAGACACGUGUUUCGCCUAUCUUGUGCCACUGUAUUGCUCAGUUGGCAGGGAUGCGACCCAUCAAUGGGUCCCUCAACUUCCCCACGCACUUCCUGGUUUGACAUUUCAGCUUUUUAAUGCAUGACUAUGGAGUAAAUUCCUCGGCACAAACACUAGCAGGCUCGGUGCGAACGUAGUUUUUAAUAUUUCAGUCAAAAUCUAGCAGAAUCAGCGAGGCAGUCGAGUGACCCGCAGAUCCCCCGAUCAGACUGGGCAAAGCCGAAAUUCUUCUGAUUACCAAUAAGCACUUGUGUGCGUGGGAAUGGCACAUAACCGAUUCGACUGCUCCGUGCUUGUUUCCUUUUGUCCUGACCUCCAAUCGAGGGCGUCCACUAAAAGUGCGCAGGCCGAUAGGUAUUUCUGAUAGCACCCAACAGGAGAUGGACUUUCGGUCUGAUUGGUGGAGCGUAUGAUUCAAACGCUCGGUGGAGUGUUCUAGUAUCGAAAGUCAUGACAUUUCGCACAAUUUCAGUUUCCAAACUACGCAGUCUAAAUAAAUACUCACCAUCCUGACAUCUGGAACAGUGGCGCGCAUGUGGGUUUAAAGACAUUUGAAUGCCAGGUUACUUGUCUUUUCCCAUAGGGCAGAAUUCUAGUAAGUCGCACAGAACGAAUACGAGAAGGGUUCUUUGUGUAAGCAAUGAAAAUCAACGGUAGAAUAGAUUACAAUCAGAUACCGAUUUUUCGGGAGUAGGCACAGGCCGCUGGGACGGUUCCCUACAGAUUGCUUGAACUCGCUGAUUGGUCGGUUUGGAGGUGAACGAAGUUUUAUUGGAGCAUCGCGGCGCAGCAAUUAGCUUGCUCCUAAAGGAGCUUUUCUUCUCGAAGACGUGUUUGGUGAAUCCCAUCGCUUUACUCAGUGUUACUUAAAAGAAAGCGCUUAACCAAUCGCGUAUUGACAUCGCUGCUCAGUAAAGGAUGUGGGAGGGGGUGGGGUGGGGUGGACGCCAAGAAUGGCAAUUUUCUGCCGACCUAUCACUGGAGCUUGGGAAAUGCGUCUCGGAGCCAACGAAAAUCAACAGGUUCAGGUUCUUGUUCUGGUGAUCGCAUCUUCAUCUUCUGAGGUUCAACAGUCUCCAGCCCCCAGAUGUAGAACGAUUUUAACGAGUAUAUUCAACAGUGGAAGGUCAAUCCAUGACUACGAUCAAGUUAGAUGUCGCUGGUACUCGUACAAGGUGCCUUUCCAGAGAAUGAUGUGAUCGACAAAGGAAGCCCAGUCCUCACGUGGUUAUCACCGACUCUUAUCGCUUCGAUUUAUGCUGAAGUUUUUUUUUUCGUAAACGUUGACAGGCAGCGCAGUGAGCCUUUCAUUCUGUCUGCUGUAGGGGACUGCACCCCCCUGAUGAUAACACUUAUUACUCGCGUCAGGCCUUGCCGUGCACUCCAGUAUCGAUUUCCCUCUCACGGCAUGAUCCCAGAGUGGAAGUUAUUGAUUGGUCUUGCACGGUGAGCUGCCCCCAGCGCAUCACCAGAAGUCUUAUCACCUUCCCCCCCCCCCUCCGGUACGCGCUGUGGUAGGCCUAAGGAAACCAACAUUCGACAGGUGCAACCAAUGACCGCGUCAGCGUGGUCUUGCCAGCCCUUUUGAUGUGACCGACUCGUGAUCACCUGGGCGGGUUGUGCAUACUCUGCGUACCGUACGGGCGAGAUGGAGUAUUUGUGGGGCGGCAUCCUUGCCUGACGGGCGGUGAAUGCGAUGGAAGGUCAGUAUGCGUGCGAGUAUCAUUUCACAUCCACGGCGCCGCACAAAAUCUCUGCUCCGGUGACUUAUGACCCAAUUCCCCAGCCACUAAGCAUGUCGUUCCUACUGCCUUUUCACCCACACAGUCAACUGCCAAUGAAUGCAAGUGCGGCCUUCGACUCCAUGACGGAGGACCUGCCGUUGGAUUUGAGUUUUCUCAGCACCUCAACGCCACGAGAUGAGACCGGUGGGAAGUGUUCGGGGACGACGAACGGGGAGGUUGAGGGGAAUGAGGACCUACCUGCUCAUUCUCCAACCGCUAGACAUGCUCUUCAACAGCUGAACCUCGGCGAUUCCGUCACACCCACAACCUCCGCGGAGACAAUGGCUGCAACGAAGGAGGAACGCCGGCCUGUGAAGCAGGAAUCUGGCGGGGUCCAUCCCGAGCUCACUGAGCUCCUACCUGGCGUCCAAAUGGCGCCCAUAAAUGAAAACGGUAAGAAGAUGUCUUUUUAGUGUCUUUUUGCUAGGGGGGGCGUAUGUUUCUCUCUCUGCCUGCCGCGGAACUACCGUACUUUAAAAAGGGAGCAUGAAAACGCAUGUAAACGGUAGCAGGGGAGGGGGGAACAAGAAAUCGCAAAUGUCGGAAAUGUGCAGCUGAAAUUGCGGAAACACGUGAUGCAUGCUGGUGUAAACUAUAGGGUGGGCGAAACGCUGUAUACGCGAGGAAGCUUGAGAAAUCGCUUUUGACAAUCCGCGUGUCGAGUUUUAUGUAACAAUGUAUGCGCACUUGACAGCAAGGCGGAGCGAAAGUUUGGUUCUCGUGGGGGUAUUUCGGAAUGACUGCGCGGCUGAGAGUCGGGCUGAAGUGGCCUUUUAUGGUGCUCUCACACAUGUGAGGUCCAAGUCGUCAUUGUUGUAUUACGUUACAUCUGAAGUGGGGACCAGAUCGUGUGUGUGGCACUCGUAGAUUGAUUGUCUAGCUUUGUCCGACACUGCGUUCACGCACACCUCCGAUCGUAUAAAUAUUGCCUUGCCACCAUAGCAAGGUGAGUGAGAGAGGGCAGAGUGCGGUAGACGCUUCGCAAGUCCUCCUCACUGUAAGCUGAUUCAUGCGCGAGCCACCGACGUCGAGCCCACUCCGUUCGGCACGCGGUGGGCAUCUUCGCUUGUGAUGAUCCAAUUGUCCGACAGCCUAAUGUUGGGGUCGUUUCUGCAAAUGACUUUAUUUCAUAUUGACCCAACUGUGAAAAACUCGGCAUCUCGGUGGGAUCCACGCAGUAAGGGGAAGGCGUCAGUACAACCAACGCUCUAACCACUUGAGCUACGAGGCCCCACCGGACGACGGCGCGAGUUUAAUCGCAUUUGGGUGUCAAGUUACCCACCCAACCUACUGCGACGUUUGAAAUCCACCAAAUCCGAUGCUGUAAAUUGACUGCCCAGGCAGGAUUUCCUAAGUAAUUCACCUAGAAUUCGUCAGAUGACUACCAGGCUUACGUAAUUCAUAUAUAUUUUGGCAGAUUUUCAAUAAUUCAUAUUGACCCAACUGACCCAACUCCGGCCGAGUUUAUCACAGUUGGGUCAAUAUUAAUUAUUCAAAAUCUGCCAAAAUAUCUAUGAAUGGUUUUUUAUCACUUUUUUGGUAUACGGCUGAUAGAAGUGAGUGUGGUUUUCUUUGAUUGGGGAUAUCACAGGCGCAGAAGUUGUCAUGGGCUCCCCAGUCGAGACACUGGUCGCUCUCAGUCGUAUUGGAAGUCGCCUAAGGAACGUGAAUUUUUACUUUAAAAGGUUCCACUUUUCGUCUCUAGAAUAACUUAACCGCGUGGUUUGCGGGACAAAAAGUCUCCACCUGCAUCCCGUUAGGUUAACAAAAUAAAAUUCACAACGUCCGAGGUUUUUUUCGCCGACUACCUGAAUUUCGGUUAAUAUGUCUCAUGACCAUCCUCCCAAUGGUUUUUUCCGAAUAGCCGAUUGGUGCAUUCGUAUCUAGCGGGUUUAUUAAUCCAACUAGCAGGGAUCUUAUAAGGUUUUGCAACUUCUCUUGACUGGGCAUAUAUUUAGCAGAGGGGUUUUCCCCUUCGUGUAUUUCGAACAAAAAUAGCAUCUCUACAUUUGGCCUGAUUUGGGAACGCCAUGUUGAUGAAUGUUUAGGCAGAUGUAGUUAUUAACAGAAUAAACUAACACUUGUUUGUGGACUUUUAGCAAAUCUAAGCUAAACUAUUAGGGGAGGUAACAUACAGCCGUACCACUGAAAGCUCCAGAUAAUAUGCAUGUUUGGCCAAUGCGACACUUGGAAUAAAUUUAGGGUCUCUGUGUAGACUACUCAAGUAGCAUGACAUUUGCACAUUAAUCGGUCACACACAGUGGACAUCGUCAAUAACGAUGGUUCGGCAAGGGUAUGAUUUAUGGGGGGGGGGGGGUUACUUACCCCGAGGAGCAUUUGUGCUGAGCAAAAGAGCUGAACAUCUAUGAACUUUGUAGUAUUACAAAGCUUGAUCCCCCCCCCCAUUGUCACCAAUUUAUAGGAGACAUUAUUUCUACCGUCUAAUAGUAAAAAUAAAACUGAUGAUAUUGAUAAUAAUAAUAAUAAUGACGAUAAAAAGUGAAUUUAAUUUUCCUUUGCAAGCAUCGUCAAAAAGUUAUUACAAUGUCAUAUUUUUACCCCGAUAACUGCCUUAAAACACCUUGAACGCCCUUACCUAACAGCCACCGCGAAGUACAUUUAUUUCUUUCUCUGGAACGUGCAAGUAAAUAUCGCCAGUUAUUUUCUUCUAACACAGUUGCUCCCCGGAUUAAGUAACCCUAGCCUUAAAACCACACGCUUGCCGAUGGUUCAAGUGCCAGACUAAUUCGCAAUACAAAGUCAUAUGAGUAAUUAUUUCUAAUCAACGCCACAUUUUGGAGUUCCAAAGAAAUUUUUGAAUAUUUCUUCACCUAGUGUUCGUUUGUAUUACGACAACGUCCGACAAAUUUAAAAAUUCAGGACCUCCUGGUCUGAAAUAUGCGCAAUUUCCUACGAAAUGACUAGAUAAUUAAGCCGUUUUUUGACUAUUUGUUAGAUAUUGACAAUGGCCGUCAACUGUAAAGACAGCUAAUAGGGGCUUCAAUGAGCCUGUUCGAUGCUAGCAUCUAAUACACCCCCUAACAAAAAAGUGCAUACUAUGGGAUAAGAAUUAACCUGAGAUUAUAUUCUGCAUGCGCCAAUGUGCGGAGAAAAAUUGGUCAUUAUUCGCUCCCCCCCCUCCCCCCCCCACGUCCGGGAUGCCCGCCAAGAUCUCGGUUCUGUUUGCUAAGCCCUUCAGAGUCCGGAGGCUAUCAAAGACUAAAACUGACACUUCAGGUUAUUUUAGUGGAACCGGAGUUCAGUCGAAACGGCUAUCGGUGAACGCCAUUCUCAUGGGGCCUUGAAUAGUCCUGACAGGCCGUGAGCCCAUGACUGAAUGACGAAUUGGGUCCCGAGUUCAAACCUCCUGCUCUCCACUCUGCAGUUUCGACGCAGCUGGCUGAUGACAUCAGGCAGGGCAGAAACGACCACCUAUUUUGCCUUGCUUCCCCUCCCCUCCCAUCCUGAUAUUGUUUUAUUGGUUCCCUCUUGUUCACAGCGACAACACCCCCGGCAGUCCUUCAACUCUAUUACAUGCUGUCCUGUGUGCGACUCUGGCGUCUAAUGUCUGCAAACAGAAGUCCCGUGGUAGAAGGUAGACCCCAGUUCAUGCCGCUAGGACCAAAGAUCCUUCCGACCAAUGAGAUCGUCCAGUCCGAGGAGGCUGCGUGGGCGUGGAGCCACAACAACGCUCAGGGCGGUCAGCCCUCCGGAAGCAGCCUGUGAGUUUCCCGAAUUGACCCAGUGAGCACCUCCCCCCUUCCCCAAGCGUCCGAUGGGUUUGGGCUUCGAGGUUUAUUGGCUAGGCUCAUGAAAAGCAGCUUGAAUACCGGUCUUUAGCAACGGUCCUUUAACAGACCGGCACAAGUCAGCGUAUGGUCACAUUAUCUGAUGCUGUAACUGAUAACUUAAUCCUAUUCGGAAGAGGUCAUAAAGUGUGCUGUGUGGUCAAGAUGCAAGAUAGCAAUGACUUUGAGUGGCAUAAUGGCGCCCGCUAGAGCAUCCUGAGGACUCCACAGGGGGUUCAACCUGCUCUAGUCCUUUCAGAGGGUGCUUCCGUCUCUAUUACCGUAUUGGGCUGAAUAGACAUAUGCAUAAUAUGGUAGGGGGCGCUAACCGAUCAUUCAUACGGAACUCACUCGUUCCGUUGUGCCUUAAGGGCUCUCUCUCCCUGAGCCCAACCAGCAGCCCCACAGCGGCGCAUGAUAUAUAGGCAGAAUAGUAUGACCGACAAAGACAAGGGAGACUGGAAUGGCCAUUUCUGGCUUAUUAGCCGUCGUCAGCCAGCCAUACCCAAGCCCGAAGUGUGGAACACCCGAGCCUCGAACUCGCGACCUGUUGGUUUAGAAGUCCACGCCUCUACCCACCGGACCAGGAGGCCGUUGCCUUGUCGUUUUCGACGGAACGAGUGAGUUCCGCAUGAACGAUCGAUGAGCGCCCCCUACCAUUGUAUAUUCCCGAUCGAAAACCGACAAGGCAACGGGCUCGUGGCCCGGUGGUUAAAGGCGUGGACUUUUAAACCAACAGGUCGCGAGUUCGAGGCUCGGGUGUUCCACACUUCGGGCUUGGGUAUGGCUGGCUGACGACGGCUAAUAAGCCAGAAAUGGCCAUUCCAGUCUCCCUUGUCUUUUUCGGUAAUACUAUUCUGCCUAUAUGCAUAAUAUGUUCACUAAGGCCUACCUCAAAACGUAAGUCGUUAUUUCGCAGUAGUAGUUAACAUUAUCGGGGCAGAACAAUGCGAACUACAAACUGGCUACCAUAGCAGCAUGAAUAACGAUCAUUUCCGGCAACAUUAGCGGUCUGUAUGACACCAGCUACAGUUCAAUGCAGUGAUACUUUCACCCAUGGCAGGGCCCGUUCCGUCCUGGAGUGUGUUUGGGACGCGUAGACGCGUUGCCACUGCGGCCGCUCCCAUCUCGGGUUCGCUUGAUAGUGUCGUGUCGGUGGAACAGGGUUGGUGAGGUAUACGCUUCACAAGCCUGUCUCAUUAUGAACUAGUUUAUGUGCAAACCACCUGUGCAGCGUCCACUCCGUGGAGCACACAGUGGAAGACGUCACGCGCCCCCAAUAACUGUUCAUCCUAACUACCAGCCAACCAACCAAUCAGAUGGCCACCUUUUUUCAUCCUUCAGGUCAGCGGACUCGAGCUCACAUCGUUCGCCCAACUCCCUCUACUCCUCCACCUCAUCCCUCCUGCUGGGUCGCCUCUCCUCCGCCUCGGCACCCUCCUGUCUCAGUCCCCUCAAGAUGGCCGCCCAGACUGGCGUCUCCCACCGCCUCUCUGGUCCGAUGACGGUCAGAAAACCGGCCAUCUACUGCUGCAGCCACUGCGGUCGCGGUUUCACCAAGGCCUACAACCGCACCAUCCACGAACGCACCCACACCGACGAGCGACCCUUCGGCUGCACCGUCUGCUCCCGCCGAUUCCGACGCAAGGACCACCUUCGUGAUCACAGGUGAGAGACCAGCUCAGAUCACCGGAGAUGCGCAACGCAGUGGGCCCGUUUCGUAGGCGGGGGGAGGGGCAAGGUGGCAGUGCUCCUGAGCUGUCGUUAGAUGCGACCGUCGAAGUGGAAUCGCCGGUGGCACUUUGGGUCAGACGGGUCAAACACAGACGUAGUGAAGGUGAUCAAUUAUCGCGAAAGGAUUGUUUGUGUCUGGGUGCAUCUCCGAAGUGUGUUGAAGGGAGCUUACGGAUUGAUUGGCAAACGGAUCCAAUCAUUGACGUAUAGCACAUGGGUGAAUGAAGCAAAACGAGUGUUUGUGUCCACAUCCUCUAAGAUGAAACUGCACCGACCUUCGUAACAGGAUUUUGUGUCUACCAAUCAUCUUCGGGUAGCAUUCCAGCAGCCUAGGUUAGAGCAGGGCGCAGCACCCUGACCUGUAGUCAUUCAGAAUAAUUAACCAAUGGGUUGCCAUCUGAGGACGCAUACAGCUAUGAGUAUUUUCAAGGGAAACAGAGUAGAUUGGCUUGGCUUCAACUUUCAGGCAGGAACUCUCCGUUGGUGCAAUAUAACUGCUUGGAAAACAGACUAAAUACUGUCGUAAAUUUGUUUUAUACAGAUGGAAUUGCAAGUUGUCCUCGGUAGUAGACAAGUCGAGUGACUUUUGGGCUGUUGAAGGACUGAAGGCCCUACGUACUGAAGAAUGUGCGUUUUCUGAUUGGACCAACGAGCAGUGUUGUCAGGCACAUGGAGUUAUUCAGCUUCCAUGCCCACUUUUUAGCACGUCCUAGCCCGGGGCAGUUUAAUUAAACUCCGCCCACCUGUCUGUCUUUACAUCUGUGUCCUUUUCUCUUUAUCUUUUUUCUCUCUCUAUCAAGUUUCAGUCAUCUCUGAUCACAAGUGGACAAAUUAUCUCGAUUGUGUUCGCCUACAUCCGUUAUGCCAGUAAAGCUCAGUUGGGGAAUUUCGCCUGUGAGCGCAGGCUUCUAAAACGUUGACAUAAUAGGCCACAAGACACAACAGUUUAUAGACUAGCAGAGAGAUGCUGUUCACCGAUCUCCGGCAUCAUUCUCUCAACGCUAUUGGUGGAAAGGUACCUGCGGAAAACUUAGUUAAGCACUUCGCAAUAACUCUCGAAUAAACUAUGGGUGCCAGCAAAGCGAGCUAGCCUAUUUGUGUAUGUGGAAGAAUGUGUACUUUCUUGUUGUUGUUGUUGUUGUUGUUGAUGAUGAUGAUGAUAAUAAUAAUAAUAAUAUUAAUAAUAUACCCACUGUUUGCGACUGUUCACGCUUGUCCCAAUCGUUCUCAUUUUCCCAACAUCCGCAAUCACAAAAGGUAAUUUGCAAUUGUUCCUUCUAUCUUCCAGUUACACACACCUCAUUCAGAAGCCCUUUGCAUGUCCCUUCUGCAACCGUGGGUUCUGUCAGGCUCGCUCCCUGGAGAACCACAAGCGAAACAACCACCUCGGCAAGACUUCCAACAGGUCCUCCUCCUCUGCCGCCUCCUCCCCCCGUCGGUCCGCCAAGACGCUCUCGGGCAGCUGA